UGAAUACGUCGAACGAGAGAAAAACCACCUCAAGAUCCAUAGAAUUUUCCCCCUGUCACCUCUCUCUAAUUUCAGUUUUUAUUUCAUCGGUUACUGAUAAUGCUGUGGAGAUACUAGAGAAGGCAAAGACCUGUUUGGAGAGAGUGUUGAAGCUGAGAUUUGCUUCGUUUUUGAAGUGGAGUGUUUAGGGUUCAGAUCAGAUGGCAGAAGGGGGAGCACAGUCCCGAUAUGUGAAGCUGACCAAAGAUCAAGCCCCCCUGGAAGACAUUAGGCCUGGUGAACUCAAUCAGCCCAUCGAUGUUCCUCAGUUGCAUGUUCGCAAAUGCAAUGAAUGUGGGCAGCCUUUACCUGAAAGCUUUGAGCCUCCUGCAGAUGAACCCUGGACAACUGGGAUUUUUGGCUGUGCUGAAGAUAAAGAGAGUUGCUGGACUGGACUUUUCUGCCCCUGUGUUCUGUUUGGACGUAAUGUUGAAAGUUUGAGAGAAGAUACCCCUUGGACUACACCAUGCAUAUGUCAUGCCAUUUUUGUUGAAGGUGGUAUUGCACUUACAGCAGCAACAGCAGCAUUUCAUGGCAUUGACCCAAGGACAUCAUUUCUCAUAUGUGAGGGUUUAUUAUUUGGUUGGUGGAUGUGUGGCAUAUACACUGGUCUCUUUAGGCAGUCCUUGCAGAAGAAGUAUCAUCUCAAGAACUCACCAUGUGACCCAUGUGCGGUGCACUGUUGCAUGCAUUGGUGUGCAUUGUGCCAAGAGCACCGGGAGAUGAAGGGGCGUCUCUCGGAGAAUGUUGCUAUUCCAAUGACCAUUGUCAACCCUCCCCCAGUUCAAGAGAUGAGUUCUGCCACUGACAACAACGAGGCUGCGCCAUCAUCCGAAAAAAGUGUUGAGCGUACCAAUUUGGAGAUGCAACCGGUGUAGACCUGCCGCUCACCUCCCCCAUAGAACGAAAAAGAAAAGUGUAUGCGCAUUUAAAAAGAAAAGUGUAUGCGCGUGCGUUUGGAUUUUACUCAUGAGAGGCUCUGGGUUGAAUUUAUACAAUCCCUGCUCGGUAUGGAAGCUUGGACAAUCCAUCCCCAUUGGGGAGUCUUCUUUUAUUUUUUUGUUUGUUUCCCCAAGUUCUAUAUAAAUGCAUACACCCUUCUUUUUA